GGCCGUUGAAUUUCCCCCUCUCUCUUCUUUCACUCCACGUAAAGCUCGAAGGAGGAAAGCGUCGUUUUAAGAGUCUCGUAAAAAUCGAAAUAUUCACGUAAUUUGGCUUGUGUUGAUAAAAAAUCCCGACAAAAUGAGUGUAGAAGAGGAAGUUUUGCGAAUACAGAAGAAACUAAAUAAAAUGACGUCGGAAGAUGGAAGUGGUCAAGAACAGGCUCUCGACUUACUAAAACAAUUACAAACAUUAAAUAUAAACCUGGAAGUUUUGACGAAAACACGAAUUGGAAUGACAGUAAAUGCAUUAAGAAAGUCGAGUAAAGAUGACGAAGUGAUCAGUCUCUCGAAAACACUUAUAAAAAAUUGGAAAAAAUUCCUCUCUGGUUCAAACGCGAAAGAAACCUCAAGUACAAGUACAUCAAAGCCGAAAAAAGAUAAAGAAGAUAAAAGCACACGAGAGGAAAAAGAUCGAGAUAAAGAAAAGAAACUACCAAAUCAGUUCCCUCCAGCUAGUUCAAACACUACAGACGCCGUUAGACUGAAGUGUAGAGAAAUGCUCGCGGCCGCCAUCAGAUGCGACAAUGAAGAAUUUGAAGGUUGUGCCUCGCCCGAGGAUCUCGCUGAGGAAUUAGAGGAAGCGAUAUUCCAGGAAUUCAAAAACACUGAUAUGCGAUACAAGAAUCGCGUCAGGUCACGUAUUGCCAACCUUAAGGACGUGAAAAAUCCCAAUUUGCGGACGAACUUCCGAAUUGGAGCUAUCUCGGCAAGCAGACUGGCGGUAAUGACCGCCGAAGAAAUGGCAAACGAUGAAAUUAAACAACUCAGAGAACGGUUCACAAAAGAGGCCAUCAAUGAUGCGCAGUUGGCCACCGUGCAAGGCACCAAAACAGAUCUUCUCAAGUGUGGUAAGUGCAAGAAGAGGAAUUGUACGUACAACCAAGUGCAGACAAGGUCAGCUGAUGAACCGAUGACGACGUUUGUCUUAUGUAAUGAAUGCGGUAACAGGUGGAAGUUUUGUUGAUGUUUUACUUAAGCUUUAUUUCACUAUUCAGUCAGAGUAUUUUUUGUUUACACUUGUAGGCUCAUGGCGUUAUAAAUAAAGUUUUAAUUUCA